CACAGCCAAAUGGGAAUGGGAGCCGUGGGGGAAGUCUGCAUGCUCAAGCUAGGAAGAGGGGAGCUGUGCCCUGCUUUCUGCCUACCCUUCCCCCCCCAAAUUGCAAGCAUACCCUUUCCAUGCAGGCAUUGGUGUCACUACACUGUUACACGGACUGUUUCCUGUCAAGUGCAGAAUGGGUCAGAAACCGUGAUCCAGAGAGUUUAUCAGAGCUGCCGGUGGCCAGGACCUUGUGCCAACUUAGUGAGUUACAGGACCCUUAUCAGGCCCACAUACAAAAUGUCCUACCGAACUGUGACUGCCCUGGAGUGGAGAUGCUGUCCUGGGUUCACAGGGAGUAACUGCGAAGAGGAAUGUCUGAACUGCACAAGACUUGCUGACAUGACUGAAAGACUAAACACUCUGGAAGCCAAGAUUUUUCUGCUUGAGGCUGCAGAGAGAACCCCAGCUCUGGAGAAUGACCUGCCAAUCCCUAGGCCAACAGGCAGAUGGUAUGAUGGUUUGCUACCAGAUGCCAUUCCCCUGCUAAACCCUGGGACUGUGUUAAGGAAGACAGUGGGAUCAGCUGAACCCAAAGGAGACCAAGGUGUUGAGGAGCAGCUGAUACCACAGGGGGCACCUGGACAGAUUGGGCCUCCAGGUCCAAUUGGACCAGCUGGACUUCCAGGACCACCAGGACCAAAGGGAGAAAGGGGACUGCCUGGUGAGAAGGGGCCCGCAGGACCACCAGGGCUCCUGGGGCCUCAAGGACCUAGAGGACUUCCAGGAGAAGUAGGGAUUCCAGGGCCACCAGGACCACCAGGGCCACCUGCCACCCCAGGCCUUCCCCUCACCUUCCAGCAAGGGGUUCUCUACUCAUUGCAGCCCACAGCUGAAAAAGAAAAUGGAGAACCCCAGCUGGCUUCCACCAUCAUAGACACUAUUAUGGCUGGCUUGCCAGGGCCACGCGGAGCUCCAGGUCCUGUGGGGCCACCAGGACCCCCAGGAGCAUCGGGACCCAAAGGGCUGCCAGGACCUAUUGGAGUGCCAGGGGCACAAGGGGUGCCAGGCCCUCCUGGACAGCCUGGGCCCAAAGGUUCCAAAGGAGACAGAGGAGAGAGAGGACAAGCAGGUCUGACUGGAGAGAGGGGCAUUAAGGGAUUUCCUGGCGAACCAGGAAAGAAAGGUGACGAAGGAGACAAAGGAGCUGAUGGAGAAGGAGUUCAACAACUUCGAGAAGCCUUGAAGAUUUUAGCUGAAAGGGUGUUAAUUCUAGAGCACAUGAUAGGAAUUCAUGACUCUCUAUCUUCCGUUGAACCAGGCUCUGGGCAGGAUGUGAUGUCAGGCUCCCCUCUACGAGCAAGCAUCAAGAUCAAACGUGGUGGACCCCAGCAGCGGCACCAGCCCUACCAGGUCCUCUCUUCACUGCUGGAUGACAGUGAAGCCAAAAGGAAAAGCAACAGAAUGAAAUAAAUGUGUGUUAGUAAUUUCUACAGCCCAUUUGCCCAUUAAAGAUACAGUAUCCUCAUGCUUAACUGCAACAUGCAGAAUGAAGUGGUUAGGAAGCUGCAGAGCUGGCAGUGGCAUUGCCUUGGCUGGAUAUUGCUAAGCCAUUACUGCAAGGGCAUGUCUUCUCUUGCUGAAAGUGUCACAUGAAGAAUAAUUAUAUUUUUACAUCUGAAAUACCAGAUGCCACAUGUUUCUAGAAGCUAUCCCAGGAAGUGGAUAUCCCCAGGUUUGUUCAAAAAGGCACAAAUCCUCCUCUUUUGCCUUCUUCCUUCUCACAUGUUAUUUGGUUAAAAUGCUGCUUAGACCUCAUUCAGCCCUACCCUAGCUCAAAGCAAAGCCCUGUGCACUAUGAUACAAUAGUUUUUGGCAUGUGGUCAUUUUGAACCGUGGUCAUUUUCUUGCUGAUUUCCAGUUGAGGGUACCACAUUCAGUAGCUCUGCUAAGGCAUUGUUACCUAUCUUGCAAGGAUUACUUUUUUUAAAGAGUAGAACAAAAAAUUAAUAAUGAAUCACUUGACAAAUUUUUCACGGUUUCUGUUUGUGAAACAAACAGAUGGUGGCUUUUCGCAAAUGUACGUAUUUGUCGUUCAAAGUCUUCCACAAAUUAUUCCACUUUAUUCUUAGUUUUUGAUUGAAAUUCAAAAUCUAGGAUUUGAGCUGUGUUGAGCUGCGAGUGUUUUGUGAUUGGAUGAGCAUACUCUUACCAGGUUUCUUUUGUGACUAAUUAUGGAGUACUAAAUUUAUUGUCUCUGCAUAUUCAGGCAUGUGAUCAAAAUUCUUUUUGUAAACAUUUGUAGCAGUAAGACAAUUGAAGUUUUCAUACCUAGUUUGUGUUUGUGUCACUCAAACAGCCAAAAAAGAUUCAUUUAAUGCUAGAAACAAAUAUUCACAGAAAAUGUUUUGCCCCAUUUAAUACCAUAAAGAGGAAUUCACAGAUUCACAGAAAUUUAGGGCUGGAAGGGACCUUGUCAGAUCAUGGGGUCCAGCCCCCCUGCUCUA